UGGACUAGGCGUCAACGACGAUGGCGGAGCGAUUGACCGGGUUCGAUAGGCCCACCGUGUGGCACGAGUUCACUCCGCUUGCGAUCCAGCACAAUUCCGUCAACUUGGGCCAAGGUUUUCCGGAUUGGCCGUGCGACGCCUUCGUCAAGGACGCGGCCAAGAUAGCCAUCGAGACUGACAUCAAUCAGUACGCGCGUCCGGGCGGCCACCUCCGCCUUGUGCGUGAAAUCGCCAAAACGUACACGUCGACCCUGGCCCGUCCUGUUCCGAUUGAUGCAACGACAGAAGUGGCGGUGGGGGUUGGAGCGUCCGAGAUAUUCUACAGCGCCAUGAUGGGCCUCGUCAACCCUGGCGACGAAGUCAUUCUCAUUGAACCUGCAUUUGACAUUUACGCCCCCCAAGUGCAAAUGGCCGGCGGGGUUUGCGUCUUCGUCCCGUUGCAUUUCAAUGAAUCGACAUCACAGUUCGAGUUGGACAUGCCAGCCACGGCAGCUGCGUUCACGGCUAAAACGCGUGUCAUCGUUGUAAACAGUCCGCACAACCCGACCGGUGCCGUCUUUUGCAAAGAAGACCUGAAGAAGCUCGCCGCCAUUGUCCAGCGCUUCCCAAAUGUAGUGGUCUUGGCCGACGACGUGUACGAGCACAUCGUAUUUGCACCGCUGACGCGGUUUGCGACUUUGCCGGGCAUGUGGGAACGCACGAUCACGGUGGCGUCGGCGGGCAAGACAUUCUCCGUGACGGGGUGGAAGGUGGGCUGGGCCGUCGGCCCGGCGCACUUGAUCAAGUGGCUCAACUUGGCGAACAACUGGGUCAUGUUUUGUGUGGCGGCGCCGUUGCAGGAGGCGGUGGCGACGAUGCUAGAGAAGGCCGUGCUGCCUUUCGAGUCGUUCCCGAGCUACUACGCGCAUCUUGGCGACAAGUACCUGAAGAAGCGCGACCGCCUGGCAACGGCGUUGACUGAGCUGGGGAUCCCAGUCGUGUUGGCCCAAGGGGGGACGUUUUUGUUUGCCGACGUGUCGCGCGUGGCCGUGCCUGCGUCGUAUUUUGCAGACGGCCACACGUCCAAGGACUACGCGUUCUGCAGGUGGCUGACGAUCGAGAAGCGCGUGACGGCGAUUCCGACGAGCGCGUUCUACAGCCACACGAACAAAUCGAACGGACACUGCUUUGUCCGGUUUGCGUACUGCAAGUCGGACGAGUCCCUGAACACAGCCAUCGAGCGCUUGCAGUCGAUUCAACUCGAGUAGCAGGCUGCGAAAUCGAAUUGUCCACUCACGCGGGUGAACUUGGAUAUCGAGCCCACGUGUACUUGCCUUGGUAGCGAUGCUUUGUGUGGCGUAGAGGGGUCGCUAUAAUCGUGCCUAUCGCGCUUAAGCACACUAAAUUGCACUUUAUCCGAGUGGCCAUGUCGAUCCUUCGACAUUUU